UACCUGUGUCCCUGACUACACAGAAGCCCCCAUGGCUGGUCAGAAGCCCCAUCUUGACCCGGAACAGAACUGGGCCAUCCCCCAAGACCCAGAGGUUAGCCAAGGACUUGCCCAUCUGAGACCAGAGGUGAUGCUGCAGGUCCCCUGUUUGAUACCAGAAUAACAGAAAACACCGAUGCAAGUUUCUCUGUGGAAGUUUCUGCAACUUACUUCUGGGGAUGAAGGGAAAUGGGGCCCACAGACUGGGUGGGGAACUCACAGCCACUAUGUACUGUUCCUUUUCACCCACUGCCCUGACGUUCAUUCAGCAUCUAGGACCAGCUAUUUGAUCUUGAGCGAAAGACCCAACCUCAGUCAGCCUGGGUGUCCUCCGUCUCAUACUGCUUUCCUCAGAGGGUUUCUGUGAGGAUUAAAUGAGGUGAUUCAUAUGAACUGAUCUGAAGAGUUCCUGGCACUGAGAAAAUACUCUGUAUUUCUGGACCCCAGUGAAAGAACGCAGCACACACUAGAUGCUCAAGAAUGGCUUCAUUUUCUUCAAGAUCUAGUUCUAGGCUUCCUGGUAGCCAUGGCAAAAAGGCAAAAACUCUCCUUUCCUUAGGCAGGUUCCUGACCUACAGCAGAGGAUGGGCCCCCAUGAGCUGCUCUGAUUUUACUGAAGAGCCAAGAGAAUGGGUUGGAAAGCUUAGAAAUGGAUUGGGUUUAUCAUUGAGGCUGCAGGAAUCUAGAUCCUGACAGCCAAAAUGUGAUUUUUCAAGGUCACUGAACGUCAAGGCACAGGAACCUGGCUCCUGAGACCUAAGUAGUUUAUGGAGGGGAGGGUGGAUUGGAAUUUGCAGAGACGAUCUCUUGACCCUGCAAGGCAGGAGUCCAGGAUCUUUGGGACUUUGGAGGACAUGACCUUGAGCAUCCAGAUUUGGGGAACAAGGAGGAGCAAUUACCAGCUCUGGCUGGGUCGCCACAACCUGUUUGAGGACGAAGACACAGCCCAGUUUGCCCAUGUCACUAAGGACUUUCCACACCCCGAUUUCAACCUGAGCCUCCUGAAGAACGACACCCUCCCCCUAGGGGAGGACUACAGCCAUGACAUAAUGCUGCUCCGCCUGGAGGGGCCCGUCCUGAUCACAGAGGAUGUGCAGGUCCUGCAGCUGCCCACCGAGGAACCCCAACUGGAGAGCACCUGCUAUGCCUCUGGCUGGGGCAGCGUCGAACCAGAUAAGUUCACUUACCCAGAUGAUCUCCAGUGUGUGGACCUUACUGUCCUGCGCAACGAGGUGUGUGCUAAUGCCCACCCGCAGAAGGUGACAGAGUUCAUGCUGUGUGCUGGACACCUGGAGGGCGGCAAGGACACCUGCGUGGGUGACUCAGGGGGCCCGCUGAUCUGCGAGGGUAUGUUUCAGGGAAUCACGUCAUGGGGCCACAUCCCGUGUGGUGCCCCCAAUAAGCCCUCCAUCUACACCAAAGUGAUUUCGUAUGUGGAUUGGAUCAAGAAGACCAUGGCUGACAACCCCUGAAUGCCCCCGCCCUGUCCCUUACCCCCAGUAAAAUCGAAUAUGCAU